GUCCCCUGGGCUUUGGCCUCACGUCUUCUCUUGGCAUGUGGCCUGAGCUGACUGCUCUCUUAUUUUCGCGCUCUUCGUGCGUGCCUAGGAAGAAGGCGUCAGGAUCUCUCAUUUUCUAAGCAAACAAUUACGUACUUUCUUAGUUCAGACCGAGCAUCUCUCAGCUCGUGGUGCUUAGGAUCUCGAUCGUUGCUGUGACUGAACUGCUUCGGAUAGGUCCAUUAGUCAGUGGCUGGAUUCGCAAAUCUAAAUUAGGUUGCUCCAACAACUUCCAGGUCCCUUGUUUCAAGUGCACGCCAAGCUCCUCGCUUGCGUAACAUUGAGCCGCUUCCAGAAUCCCUCCAUUUUUCGUGACCGCUUCGGUGCUUCACAAGCCGAUCCAUCCACUCACCCGCGAUACCUUUCUAGCCGUCAUUACUUCUUCCUUUCCUUAGAACGCGUAUCUUCACGACACGAUGGCGCUAGAACGUCACAGCUCCGGAGAUCUGGAUCCGGGUGCCGUCGCUAGAGCCAACUCGAACGUGCAGGUGGUCGUGCGAGUUCGGCCGCCGAACGACCGCGAGAACGAUUUAGGCUAUCACAAGUGCAUCGCUGUCGACCCCAGCACGAAGCUGCUGCAGCUUUUGACGAGGCCUCAACCGAAGCCUUUCUCGUUUGACUACAUAGCUGACGAGGACAAGCGCCAGGAGGAAAUAUUCGCGACUGUUGGGAAGCCCAUCACCGACGCAUGUCUGGAAGGCUACCAUUGCUGUUUGCUCGCGUAUGGUCAAACCGGCGCUGGGAAGACGUUUACUAUGGAAGGACCGGAUGGUGAGAGCGAUGGGGAUGGAGCCCAAUCCAGCACAGACAAGCGAGGCCUGAUUCCGCGAAUCCUGCAAUACAUAUUUCGAAAGCUCUCGGCUGACAGGGAGCUCCAGAUGCUGGAAUUCACCAUCCGAUGCUCUUACCUUCAAAUUUACAACGAGCAGGUUUCAGACCUCCUGGAACCAGACUCGAUGAACCUGAAUGUGAGGGAGGACCUGAGGCACGGCAUGUUCGUGGAGGGCCUGCAGGAGGUGGUGGUGUCGACGGCCGAGGCGACGUACGCGUUGUUCAAGAGAGGCUCGCAGAACCGACGCGUGGGCCAGACCGCCAUGAACAUGGAGAGCAGCCGCUCGCACAGCGUGUUCACUAUUGUCGUCGAAACCCAGAGGAGGGACGACGCGGGGGUGAUGAACAGGAGGACGUCGCGUUUCAACCUGGUGGAUCUGGCGGGGUCGGAGAGGCAGAAGCACAGCGAGGCGCAGGGGGUGAGGCUCAAGGAGGCAGGCAGCAUCAACAAGUCGCUCUCUGCACUGGGAAACGUCAUCAAGGCGCUGGUUGACAUUGCAGAGGGGAAGGUCCGCCACGUGCCUUACCGAGAUUCGAAGCUCACCUUCCUGUUGAGCGACUCUCUGGGAGGGAACUCCAAGUGCACGCUGCUGGCCGCUGUGAGCCCUGCGGAGAAGAACAUCGAGGAGACGCUGUCCACGCUCAAGUUCGCCCAGCGCGCCAAGCUGAUGCACAACGAGGCGGUGGUGAACGAGCUCAUGAUGGGCAAUCCUGCUGUCAUGGGCGAGGAGAUCCGCCGUCUGAGACUGGAGAUCGCUGAGCUGAGAGCCAAUGCAACAGCAGGCGUGCCUGGUCAACCACUGCCUCCACCGAGCCCUUCUGCUGCGCCGAUGUCAGACAACCAGCGCAUCUGUCGUCUGGAGCACAUCAUCUCCCAAUCCACCAAGAGGGCGCUGGAAGCAGAACGGCAGGCAGCGCAGGAGGUGGCGAAGCAGGGGAAGAGGGCCGAGGCAGCUGAAGCCCUGGCGGAAGGGCUGGUCAGAAGCGUGCAGGGCCUCAAGAUGGUGGUGAAGCUGCGGGAGGAGAGGAUCGGGAGGCUGGAGGGGCAGGGGAGGUGCGACGGGGGGUGCGUGCGGGGGGAGGACGCGGCAGCCGUGCAGGAGCUGUCUGAGGAGGUGGAGGUGCUGAGACGCAUGGUGGAAAGGAACCCUGACGCCAUCCGCUUCCAGCUCGAAGUGGAUGUGUGCAAAGCCCGCAUCAGCGAGCUGGAGCAGCAGCUGCAGAGCGACUCCAGUGAGGCGGACAAGGUGGGGGCGCUGGAGCGGCUGAACAACGCGCUGAGGGAGGAGCUGAAGGAGGCGUUCGACGAGAAUGAGACACUGAGAGGCGAGGCGGAGGGGCUGCAGAGGGAGCGGGACGAGCUCCGAGCGAAACUCGUUGGCAUGGAGGAGCAUGUGAAGAAGGUGGCAGCAGUGGCAGAGCAGUACCGGCAAGAGGUGAACAACACGAGGCACCUUCAGCGCAGCGUCAACGAGCGCAAGCACGAGUUCGAUGAUGCCCGGGUGCGGUGUGGAGUGGCGGAGGCCAAGGUGAGCAAGCUGCUGCAGCAGCUGGCAGCGGCCCAGCAGGUCGAGUCCGUGCUCAAGGUGCAGGCAGCGGAGCAGGACGCACAGAGAGCCGCCCUCGCACGGGAGCUGCAGGCGUGCCAGGCAGAGAGCGCGAGAAGCGCAGCCGAGAGGGAGAAAAGCACAGCAGAAGCAGCACAGCUCCGGGCAGACCUGGAAGCGGUGCAGAAACAGGUGGAGGCUCUGGUAGAGGAGAAGGAGAGGAUUGUAGAGGAGGGGGCGGAGGCAGCAGCUGCUGGGAGGGAGAAGGAGAGGGCGCUGGAAGAGCAGAGGAAGGCGUUGGAGGAGGCUCUUGAGGGAAUGAAGAGAAUGCAGGUGGCGAUGGAAGAUGCUGGGAGGGAGAAGGAGAGGGCGUUGGAAGCGCAGAAGACGGCAUUAGAGGAGGCUCUAGAGGGGAUGACGAGGAAGCAGGUGGAGACGGAAGAGGCUGCGAGACAGAAGGAGAGCGAGCUGGAAGAGCAGAGAACGGCGUUGGCGGAGGCCGUUGAGGCGAUGAAGAGCAAGCUCGUGGAGAUGGAGGAGAAGGUUCAGGCGCUGGAAAAGGAGCGGGAGCUGCUGUGGGCUGCGGCAGAGCAAGGCGCAGGGACCAGCGGGGAUGGUGAUGGCGCUGAUGGUGCUGCUGGUGGUUCAGAGAAGCUGGCGGAGAUGGGCGAGAGGAUAGCCCAGCUAGAGGAAGAGCUGAGGACGGAGAGGGACCGGGUGAUCCAUCUAGCGGAGAAGGUGGGGGAUCGGGACGGGCUGCUGGAGGCCGCCUGUGAGAGGCAGAGGCGGGCGGAGGAGGCGGCGGAGAGGGCUAGGAGGGAGGCGGAGGAGUACGCUGCUGGUGGGCGCACCCUGCAGCAGGUGAACCUGGAGCUGGAGGAGAAGCUGUGCUCCGCGCUGCAGAGCCUGCAGGAGGCGAAGGAACGGGUGGAGGAACUGGAGCGGGAGAGAGUGGCCCUGAUGGAGCAGGCUAUAAGGUUGGAGAAGGAAAUGGAAGAGCAGCAGCAGCAGCAGCAGCGGCAGGAGGAAGAGGAGGAGGAGGAGGAGCAGCAGCAGCGGGAGCAGGACACGGAACAGUGGCAGAAGCAUGUGGGAGGAGGUAGCAGCGGCAAGAGGAGGUGGCAGGAGAUUGUGAGGGGCGGAGAGGAUGCAGUGGAGAGAGGUGGAGGAGAGGAGGAGGCUUUCAGCCCGAUGACCCUCUGCCUCUCAGAGCUGCGUGACGUGACCAACAGGGCAAGCCCCUUGCGUGCAACAGAGAAAGGUGCCAGUGCUGCUGAUGCAGGCGGCAAGGCUGGUAUUACAGGCGGCCCUGGUUCUGCUCCCAGUCCUGUGCAGCUCGGUAGUGCAGCAGACACAGGUGCUGCUGUGGACAUGCCCGCACUGCCUGCCUCUGCUGCUGCCUUUCUCUCGAACAGGUGGACUUUGCCCCUUGCUGGAGACACCACUUCUGUUAGUACAGACACAGACAACGACCCACACAGAUACACAGACACUGCGGGAGGAGGAGAAAGGGCCGCACACAACGCCCUGGGGAGAAGGCUGGAGAAGAAGAAGAGGCGGAGGAGCGCCCCAGUGAGCCAGACAGAGCUGCAGGCGGAGAAGCUGAGGCUUAUGGAGGUCCAGGUGCGGCACAUGGUGAAGCAGUUAGCAACCGCGCAUGCUGAUGUGAAAUCCCUGUCUGGGAAGAUGCAGAAGGCGGGUCCUGUGAUGGUUAGGAUGCGGGAGGUUGUGCAGCAGCUGCGGGCGAAGGGGCAGGCUCUGGAGCUGGCGCUGCUGCAGACGGUGGAGAGAGAGGCGGAGAGGGAGCAGGCGGAGGAGGAUGAGAAAGAGGAGAUUGGGCAGAUUUGUCUACAGCUGGGUGCGGAGAAAGUGAGGCUGAGGGAGGAGAGGGAUGCGUACUUCCAGCAGCUGAUGGUUGUGGGGCCGAGGAAUGCGCUGCUGUGUGAGGAGCUGAGUGGGGUGAAGAAGAGGCUGGAGGUGAGCAGGGAGGCGAUGAGUGAGAUGGAGGAGGAGCGGGCUAGGCUGAGGAGCAAGCUGACUAGGCUGAGUCGUAAACUGCAGGAGCAAACGGGAAGAAAAACAGACGGUGUGGUUAAGGUAGAGUAUGCAGCUGAGGGGAAGGUGGAGGCUGUGGUUAAGGCGGAGAGUGGAGCUGAUGUGGGGGAUGCAGCUGAUGUGGAGGAUGCAGAUGAGGUGGUGAUGGCUGACGUGGAUGCUGCGCUGGCGGUUGUGAGGGAGCACGUGGAGGAAGUGGAGAGCAGAAACAGGCAGCUGGCAGAGCAGGUGAGGGCGCUGGAGCAACAGUGUGAGCGGCUGCAGGCUGAAGCUGAGGGCCUGGGCGGCAAGAUGUGGCCAGCGGUGGCGAAGUCUGAGAGAAAGCAGGUGGGAGGCAAUGUCUCGCACAUCAAGAGGGAGGAUGCUGGAGAGGAGGAUGCUGGAGAGGAGGACGCAAAGCAUAAGGUGGGCGGAGGGAGCGAUGGUGAGCAGGAGAGGGGGAAACCGGGGCUGGUUCGCCAACUGGAGGAGCUUAUGGCUCGCCUGGCUGCGGAUGAGGAGCGGGCGAGGGGUAUGAUGGGGCUGAUCGCGUUGGCAGAGCAGGAGUGCUCUGAGAUGCAUGCCCGUGUCGCUGCAGUGGUGGCGAGAGAGAGAGCGCUGCAGAAGCUGCUGGUGAGCCCGCUGCUGAGAGACGCAGGGGCUGGAGAUGCAGGGAUUGGAGGUAGAGCAGUCAUGGGCGCUGGAGCGAGUGAGGAGGUUAUUGAGGGGUGGCGGGUGAGGUGGCAGCAGCUGGAGCAGGAGCAGGGGAAGCUGGACGUGGACCUGAAUCUGCACAGGGUGGAGAACAAGCCAAGCAAGGAGGAACAUGCACAGGACGGAUGUGGGCAGGGUGGGGUGGAAGUUGGCGUGGAAGCUAGUGAUAUGGGUGCAGACAUAGGGCAGCCAGCGGAUAUAGGGCCCCAGCAGAGGCGCAUGCAGGUGGAGGAGGUGCGUGGGGCCGUGGCUCAGGUGGUGCUGGUGGAAAGCCUGCUGGCUGUGGUGCUCUGCCGGGCUGGCCUUGCAGGCCUCUCCUCCCGCAUUGGCUCAAAGCUGGGAGCAUCUGGCGGGAUGGGGGGAGAGGGAGGCCUCGAACUGGAAGAUGGCUCGGGUGCAGGCGCUGGUAAGGAAGAGCCAGGGGUGGGAGUUGUCGGGUCAGAGAAAGAUGAGGAUACAGAGCAGGUGACGACGGUGCUAAACGCGCUGCAGAAGCAGAGGGUGCUGCUGCUAGGGUUCUUGGGCGUGAAAGCAGAUGAGAGCAGCCCAGGAGACAGGGCACAGGAGAGGCUGGAUGGAGUGAGCACGCUAGAUCAGAGACCAAAGAAUCGGCCUGAAAGUGUGUCGCAGGGCAAGCAAAUUAAUGAGCAGGAGCGGGAAGCAGAGGACCUGGUGGCAGAAGGAGAUGUAGCGAGCCCUAGUGAGGGUCUGACCCUCCCCCCUCUAGCUGUGGUAUCGAGGCAAGUCAUGAUUGCACAGCAGCUAGUGCGAGCAGGAGUCGAUGCCACCAUGGCACACGACGACACCUGCUGGCUCAGGGGGUCCGUUCUCAGAGGCGUUUACACCCUGAAGAAGCUAGUAGCGGAGGUGGAGGGGAAGGUGGCAGGGUGGGAGGCGCAGUGGGGCGAGCUGGAGCACACCUGCCAGCAGCAGACUCGGGAGGAGCGAGAGGAGGAGGAGGCGGGGAGGAGGCAGGUGGUUGAGAGGACGGUGAGCGUGGCGGCUGAAGCGGUAGAGAUAGAGAAGCAGAUGGAGGAGAGGCAGCAGCAGCUGGGAGUGGUUGAAGUAGGGUUGUCUGCUGGGGGAAUGGCUGCAGGGGUGCUGCGUGCAGUAACGAAGGCUGGGGAUGAGCAGGAGGUAGGGGUACUCGUGGCUAAAGGGACUGCAGGGUCUGUGCAUGGAGGGGGGGAGCAGAUCAGCGAUGCUGAGAGAGAGGUGGAGUCGUUGCUGCAGCUGAAGGAGGCGAAGGAGAGGGAGGUGGUGGGGCUGAUGAAGCGAGUCACUGAGAUGGAGGCGCAGGGGAAGGCGCGGUGGGAGGAGGCAAUGCGGCGGCAGGAGGCAGCUGCCAGGCAGGUGGAGGGGCUAGGGCAGCAGCUGAGAGCAGCGCAGCAGCAGCUGAGUGGGAAGAGUGCUGAGGCGGAUGCGCUGGUAUGGAAGGUGGAGCAGCUGCAAGAGGAAGUCAAGGCUAAGGACGCUCAGAUCACCUCCCUGCACGAGCAGCUGGCAGCAGCGGUCAAGGCUGUAGCACUCGACUCCCCUCAGAAAGCCCUUGAGCCUUCAGCAGCAGCGGCCGUAGCUGCCCCUGGGAGUGAGCCCAAGCGUGUGCGGCCCUCUGGGUUGGGUCACGAGACCGAAGGGUCGAGGAGAGUGCGAACGCGGUUGAGGGGCGUGCUUUCAGGUCUCCAGAGCAUGGCCAACAGAGAAGGCAGCACGGCCGACAGGGACAGCAUCCGCAGCCCUCUCUUGGGCAAAAGGGCCAGGGCAGCUGCAGCUGAACACAUCUCCUCCUCUGCUGCUGCCUGCAGUGGGCGUGCUGUGAGUGGGAGCUGUGGGACGGGGGGAGGAACAGCAGCAACAGGAGGAGAAGGCGAGGAGUUCUACACGCCUAUGAGCCACUGGUCGUUUAGCCAAGAGGAUGUGGGGUAUGGUGGAGGGCCACUGGACGCUGCUGCAGCAACGGGUGGGAGUGUGAAGGGAGGCAAGGGGAAGGGCUCCGGGUGGGGCGUGGGGCUUGGAGGGGCCGGCGGUGGAAGUGCAAAGAAGCAAGGUUGGAGGAGUGGCACGGCCAAGUGCGUUGGGAGUGAUGAGAAUACGCCCUUGAUUCCCGAGGGCCCCCUAUCAGGCGAGGCUGUAAUAACAUCUGCACCCUUACACACGCCGCCUGUUGGUGGGAGUGCAAGCAAGGUGACUGUCCGGACAACAGCUGAAGCACCGGCACCGUUCUCUCAACUCCCCAGAAGAUGGCAAGUGGACAGACCCCUUUCUGGUGAAGGAACACCUAGGAGCAGCUGCCGUGGUCCAGUCCUCCGAUAACUACAGCCGUGAUGUUGCUAGUUCAUUGCUUGACUUGCAUCAACACGUAUAAAAAGUUUCAAUAGGCUGCUGCUGGUAUAUUAAACCGGAUGAAGCACUAACCUUCUGCGAUUUUAUAGUGCGUUUACACAAAGAACGAGCUGAGGCCGUCAUUUUCCUCCCCCAGCGGGCCACAAAGCAAUCUUCUACUGUGGUCUAAACCAUGAUCGCAGGACGCCAUGCCAGCUGGCUGUUCUACGGCUCAGAUGCAUAGAUGCUUGCUGCGCUAUCCUCUCGCACGCGCUCUUGCGUUUCAGUUACCGUUGCUCGGAUCAUCCCUGGCGAACAAGCCGAGACGUUUAGGUCCUGAGCCUUUCUUCCUUCCGCAUCCCAGGUUCGGAAAGCCUUCUUCGUUUGACGCUUCCCUCGGGCGAUUGUAUAUAACAAGUCAUUGUAAUAGACGGUCAAAGCCGCAGUUACUAAUGUGUGCGAAGUGGCUGUUGAAAUCCGAGCCGGAGACAUGGUCAUGGGACGAUCAAGUCAAGAAAAAGAUAGAGCCGUGGGACGGCGUGCGGAAUCACCAAGCAGCGAAUAACAUGAAAGCCAUGAAGGCCGGCGAUCUCGCCUUCUUUUACCAUUCGGGCAAGGAGCGCCAAGUCAUGGGAAUUGUCCGUGUCUGCAGAGAGUAUUACCCGGAUCCCAGCGAUAAGACCGGGAAAUUCGGCAUGGUGGAUGUGGAAACGGUUGAGGCGGUUCCUAGACCGGUUACGCUGAGUGCUAUUAAGGGGGACUCUCGAUUGAGUCAUAUCGCGCUGGUGCGGCAAUCAAGACUGUCGGUGACGCCUGUAGAUGAGGAGGCUUGGGAUAUUAUCAAGGAGCUCGGAUUCCGGGCUUCGGAAGAUAAGGAAGAUACGGAAGGGAAGGAAGAGAAAGAAGCUGUGGAAGCCGUGGGAGUUGAUGGGAAGGGAGGAAUUGAGGAUCCACAGGAACGGAAAUCAAAUCUAGCUGGCAAGAAGCAGGAAUUAGAGCAGUUUGCUCAUUCUGAGGAGGCGCCCAAGAGAAGACGCAAGAGAAAAUGAGCUACGGUAGUCUUGUUGCUCAAUCCUCAUCCAUGAUGCUGAUUCCGUGGGAGAUGCAACCAGACUUGCUCCAGUUCCCAGUCCACCUGUUUGCCACACUGCACCGGUGUGUGCCUGCGUGCUUCUCUAACCCUAUGGCAUUGCAAGCACGGUGUAAGUGACUGAUGGAUGGACGUCUCACUCUGUUAUUGCUGAUGCCAGCACAUGAUCAUGCAGCAGCAGCGUGGGUGGGAAGUGAAGCAGCAGCGUGGGUGGGAAGUGAAGCAGCAGUGUGGGUGGGAAGUGAAGCAGCAGUGUGGGUGGGAAGUGAAGCAGCAGUGUGGGUGGGAAGUGAAGCAGCAGUGUGGGUGGGAAGUGAAGCAGCAGCGUGGGUGGGAAGUGAAGCAGCAGUGUGGGUGGGAAGUGAAGCAGCAGUGUGGGUGGGAAGUGAAGCAGCAGUGUGGGUGGGAAGUGAAGCAGCAGUGUGGGUGGGAAGUGAAGCAGCAGUGUGGGUGGGAAGCGAAGCAGCAGCGUGGGUGGGAAGUGAAGCAGCACGAAAAUCAGGAGGGAAAACUUUUUGAUUGCCUGGAAAUGGUGGAAUCGAAUUUCACUACCAACUGUCGUACAUCCAUCUGGCUGUGCUUCACUUCGCGCCCAGAAGAUGGAUGAAUGAAUCACCGCCGUGCUUCUGCCAAGUUCGUCACAUUUUUGUACUUUCCCUCCCUAAUUUCCCUCCCUACGAAUGAGCAUUUGGCAGAAGCCGUUCCAUGGAGAAUCUACGGUUAUCAAUGCGAAUUGGUUGAAC